AUGCGUAGAACAAUCACAACUAGCAAAAGGUAUACAAAGCACAAAUGUGACGAGAUGUUUUGUAUACAUUGUAAUAAAGUGAAAAAGAAAGAUCAUCACUGCUAUAUUAAACCGGUUAAAGAGCAUAAAAAUGAAUCACGACCCACUUUGUAUUUCUAUGAUUUUGAAACACGUGUAGAUGAGGGUGAUAUAUAUAUGAUACCUUUUUAUUGCGUUGUGCAAAAAGUAUGCGAUGUUUGCGACGAAAAACCGUUUGUAAAAAAUUACGAGCAUUUUCUACCACACCCGACCGAGUCGUUUACCGAUAUCUCUAUUGAACCGGUGCUUUGCUGCGGUUAUCGACAAUAUGUUUUUGAAAAAAACAACGACGAUAUCGUAUCGGAUUUGAUCGAUUUCAUGAUGGCACAACCGAAGAAUAGUGUGUGGGUGGCGCAUAACGGUGGCCGAUUUGAUAGUAUUUUCUUAAUGCGUGAAUUAUUAGUCCAACGUAAACUCGUACCCAAUGUUGUAAUGAACGGGAGUAAGGUUAUGUCUUUAGAAUUGGAAGAACGUAAUUUGAAAGUAAUCGACAGUUACCUAUUUCUUUCGAUGAGGUUGGCAAAAUUUCCCGAGGCUUUAGGGAUUGAAAACGUGACGAAGGGAUAUCAUCCCUAUUUGUUUACAGAUUUGAAUUAUGUCGGCGAGAUGGUAGGGUUAGAAUAUUUUGAACUACCCUCAGAGGGUAGCGAGGAGCAAAAAGCUUUUGAUAAGUGGUAUAGACAACAACAGAGCAAACCGUACGUGUUCCGUGAGGCAAUAUAUUAUUAUUGCCGUUUGGAUGUGGAUAUCUUAAGACAGGGUUGUAUCAUAUUCUCCAGACUUAUCUAUCGAAUUACGGGUGUAUUACCCUUUUACGACCGCACAUGCAAUACUGUGGCAGGUUUGGCUUUAAAAAUAUAUCGCAAAAAUUUUUUAAAAGAAGAGCAAAUUGGACAGGUUCCCUCACGUGGUUACGGAGGUGUGAAUAUUAAUCAAAGUGCAAUUGCUUUAUGUUGGUUGAAAGAUAUUGAAACUAUGCUAGAUGAAAAUGAUCUAAGAUUGUGUAGUAAGCUUAGUGUGGGCGGUGAGCGAUGUAUAAUGGGACGUUAUGUUGACGGGUAUUGUGAAAAGACCAAAAUGAUUUAUCAGUUUCACCGUUGUUUCUAUCACGGUUGCGAGCGUUGUUACGACGGCGCUUGUUACAAUAGCGUUUUAUGUACAAAAUUUUUCACACUUUUGGGUAGUACGCAACGUUUAUCGCAAAUGUUUCGACAAGCAGGGUAUACAGUUGUUGAGAAAUGGGAAUGUGAUUAUCGCAACGAUGUUGACAUGACCCCAUAUCGUUUAAAGCAAUUACGUCUGACAUCAUUUUUUGAAUUCAUACAAUUGGAACCCCGUGAUGCGUUGUUUGGUGGUCGUACAUCUCCCGCUACACUAUAUUAUGAUAUGAAGCAUACCGGUUUACCCGCAAUGUAUUUUGAUGUAUGUUCUCUUUAUCCGUAUGUGCAGAAAAAAUUUGAAUAUCCAACGCAACAUCCGGUCAUUCUUAGGGGUCGUGCAUGUCAAAAUAUCGACGUGAACCAAGUGUUCGGUUUAAUUAAGUGUAAAAUUUUACCCCCCACACACUUAUUGUUUCCCGUGUUACCGUUUCGUUCGGAGAAAUUAACAUUUCCCUUGUGCCGCACAUGUGUAUAAUGUCAACAGAGUGAGACAUGUCAGCACGAUGACGAGCAGUGUGCACUAUACGGUACGUGGACCAGUCUAGAAAUCCAGAAAGCUUUACAAUUAGACUAUCGUAUCUUAGUUGUUUAUGAAAUUUAUCAUUAUCAGAAAUGUGAAAAAAUAUUCGAUCAAUAUGUAAACACGUUUAUAAAACUUAAACAAGAAAGUAGCGGGGUACCGAAAAAAUGUUUAGACCAAAACGGUGUGGUGGUGAAAGAAAAAUUACAGAAAUAUAUUGACGAUUAUCUGAAGCAUGAGGGUGUUGUUUUGGAGGCGUGUAAAAUGUCUUACAAUGUGGGUCAAAGAACGGUUAUGAAAGCUUUAUUGAAUUCCUUGUGGGGUAAAUUGGCUCAAAACGAAGAUGUUACGGUUGUAUCGUUUUUAGAAAGCAUGGACGAUUUGUUAGAAUUAGUAAACGAUCGUACUGUGGAAGUAACCUCUUUAGAUUUUAUCAGUGAUGAUGUCGCGAGAACGACACACAGAAAAACGGCCAGUCUAACACCGUUACCUAAUCGUAAUGUGAUUAUUGCGUCAUUUGUCACAGCGUAUGCUCGUUUGGAAUUAUUAGAAUAUUUGCUUAAAUUAGGUGAAAAUGUUUUGUACUAUGAUACAGAUUCGGUGAUUUUUAUAGAGGAUCGUGCAAACGGUAAAUUUCUUGAAACCGCCGAAUAUUUGGGUCAAAUGACCGACGAAUUAAUUGAAAAAAAAAAACAAGCGCAAAAUGGAUUGAACAAUUUUGUUCGGCAGGACCAAAAUCCUAUUCCUUUCGUACGAAUGUCUAUACACGUUACAACGAUGACGGUAGCGAAAGCAAACAACAAGAUGAAAUUGUGCAUGUAAAAGGCUUCUCGUUAAAAGGGGCUGCCAAAAAAUUAUUAACAUUCGACAGUAUUCGAGAGUGUGUGGAAGAUCCUGCCAAAGAAAUUGAAAUUACGUAUCGGGAAUUUGUGCGUGAAAAUACGCAGAGUAUUUCGGUACAACAAAAUAUGAAAACAUUUAAAUUCACCUUCGAUAAGCGGGUUGUGCAUGAAAAUUUUACAACCACACCUUUCGGUUAUCGGUAAUGAUUUUUUAUACUUUUUUUAGAUUAAAACAAAACAAAACCACUGUAUGCACAAUGUAACAAUACCCCUUCAACAUCCUUUCGUGAUGACAAUAUGCGGGCCCACACAAUCGGGUAAAACACAUCUACUGGUUGACAUAAUAAAAAACAUUGAUGAACUGAUUGUACCGACACCAGACGAACUAUUGUACUUAUACACGGCAGAACAACCGAUAUAUGGGGAAAUUACAGAUUUUGUUGCUGCAAAACAUGAAACAUCUGCACUUAAACAAUGUGAGUUCUACGACUGUGCACGAUUGGGUAUACCCACGAUAGAGGAUAUAAGACCGUUGUUGGGUGAACGUACCCUACUUGUUCUCGAUGACCUAAUGGUCUUUGCAAUGUCAAGUAAGGAAAAUACUGAAAACUUAAACAAUUUAGCUACACGUGAUAGCCAUCAUUUAAAUCUCUCUGUAUUUUUUGUGUGUCAAACUUUAAAUUACGGUAAUGGAAAAUUACGAAGUAUGCGUGUAAAUAGCAUGUACCAUCUUCUUUUUAAUAAUCACACUGAUACUCGAGAUAUCGAAUUGAUAGCGCGAAAUAAGGGCAUCCGUCUGCCAAUAAUACGAAAAAUAUUGGCAGAUGUGGGUAAAAAACAAUAUGGAUAUGUGUUGUUUGACGGAUGUCCUCAUUCGCCGGCCAACGCACGUGUUCGAACGGGUAUAUUGCCCGAUGAAUGUACAAUAAUUUACAAUACAGAAAAACAAUUUGUAUAA